UCAUUGCUCCUGAAGAAGGAGGCUGAUCAUUUAAAUGACUGCUGCAGCUAGCAGGGCAUCCUCUGCUUUAUAGAUGUAGCUUUUAAUCUGAGGGAUGCAGCUGGCAUCAGCAUCUGGUACAUGGGGGGGGGGGUGAAAGGAGACAAGGAAAUGUGAUUGGGAUGAGCAAAUGAGUGGAUGCUUGGCAGUACUGGAAGGGAUCAAUGCAGGUUGCAUUUCCCCAUCCCCCUUUCUCUGCAUGAUCUCCUAUGCUGCUGUAGGCAGCCUUACAUGGACUGAAUAAAAGUAGCUACAGCUCACACCAGCAAGGACUGCACAUCUGCACCAGGAUUAAAGAGAUGCUGCUGACAAAUCCUUGGCUCAUCUCAUAGGAAGAUCAGAAGCUCAGUUUAUGAAACAAAAAAAACAAACAAACAAAAAAAAAUUUCACUCUCAUCACUUCUACUAUAAUUUGUGCUGCAGAGGAUGCCCACCUUAAAAUGUUCUCAUGAAACCUAAGAGGGCACUUGGAUGAGGAGGAACUGGAGAUGACUGUGAUUAUUCUAUUCUAAAGAAACAUUGUGGAGUCUACUCUGCAGAUAACAGUGUUUGAUGGGGUUUUACUGCAUCAGAACACACUGGGAAGCUCUCAUCACCCCUUCUGUCCCAAAUCCACUCACCAUACAAAGAAGUUCUGCAUCCAUCUGCUGAUCUGCAGACACACAGGUUCUUUGAUGGAGAAACAUUAGCAAAUCAAGCUGCUCCUGCCAUCCUUUUGCUUUUUUUUUUUUGUUUGACCCAUAAGCUUCCUAUCUACCAGGGAUGGAUGAUGCAUCUGCUGCUGGACUGAAGGAGGACUUGUGAUUUAUUUGUCUGCUUUGGAGAUUGCCCUGACCCUGGUGUGUCUUCUACAAAGGGAAUGACAUUUUGGAAUAUUUGUGAAUAUCUUCCUCAAUGGUCCCUCAGAUACAACGGUCAUUUGUUGAGUUGUGGGGAGCGAUGCUUGGCCGUCCAACAACAUCUACAAAGGAGUAAAAGCCGACUCAAGUUGAAACAGCCAACGCUUUUCUCUCAUCAUGCUAUCUAGCCUGGCUUAAUUCGUUUUCUAAAAUGGUUCUCUACUUCGUCUUUCUGUUUCUUCUGCUGAAGGAAGAUGGCAGUGGUAGCACCGGUCUGGUGGCAUCGGCACAGACGAAUGAAAGGAGAGUUGUGUCCCACGUGCCAGGUGACAUUAUUAUUGGGGCUUUGUUUUCUGUGCACCACCAACCCACUGUUGAAAAAGUUCAUGAAAGGAAAUGUGGUGAAAUACGAGAACAGUAUGGCAUUCAGAGGGUGGAAGCCAUGCUACAUGCCCUCGACAGAAUCAACGCAGACCCAACACUGUUGCCAAACAUAACCCUUGGAUGUGAAAUAAGAGAUUCAUGUUGGCAUUCUGCAGUGGCCCUUGAGCAAAGCAUUGAGUUCAUUAGGGACUCGUUGAUUUCAUCCGAAGAAGAGGAAGGAUUAGUUCGUUGUGUUGACGGAUCUUCAUCAGGAUUCCGAUUAAAAAAGCCCAUAGUAGGUGUCAUUGGACCUGGAUCCAGCUCGGUGGCCAUUCAAGUCCAAAACUUACUGCAGCUUUUUAAUAUACCUCAAAUCGCUUAUUCUGCCACAAGUAUGGACUUGAGUGACAAAACUCUUUACAAGUACUUCAUGAGAGUGGUACCCUCGGACGCCCAACAAGCAAGGGCCAUGGUAGACAUUGUGAAAAGGUACAACUGGACAUACGUCUCUGCGGUACAUACAGAAGGUAACUAUGGUGAAAGGGGUAUGGAAGCAUUCAAAGAUAUGUCGGCUAAGGAUGGUGUUUGCAUUGCCCACUCAUAUAAGAUUUAUAGCAAUGCUGGAGAACAGAGUUUUGACAAAUUACUGAAGAAAUUACGUAGCCACCUUCCCAAAGCCAGGGUGGUUGUUUGCUUCUGUGAAGGAAUGACAGUAAGGGGGCUUUUAAUGGCCAUGCGGCGCCAGGGACUGAUUGGAGAAUUCCUUUUACUGGGAAGUGACGGCUGGGCAGACCGCUACGAUGUGACAGACGGCUAUCAGCGCGAAGCCGCGGGUGGAAUAACAAUCAAGCUGCAAUCUCCCGACGUGAAAUGGUUUGAUGAUUAUUACCUGCAGCUACGUCCAGAAACCAAUUUCCGGAACCCGUGGUUUCAGGAGUUUUGGCAACACAGGUUCCAGUGCAGGCUGAAGGGGUACCCACAGGAAAGCCAGAUCUACAACAAGACCUGUAGCAGUCGAUUAACUCUAAGGUCUCAGUAUGUUCAAGAUUCAAAGAUGGGUUUUGUGAUCAAUGCGAUAUAUGCGAUGGCUUACGGUCUCCACAAUAUGCAGAUGAUUUUAUGUCCGGGCUAUAAUGGUCUUUGUGAUGCCAUGAAACCAAUUGAUGGCCAAAAACUUCUAGACUACAUCAUGAAAGCCAACUUCACCGGAGUCUCAGGUGACAUGAUCACUUUCGAUGAAAAUGGAGACUCACCUGGAAGGUAUGAAAUCAUGAACUUUAAGAAAAUGGGAAAAGAUUACUUUGAUUACAUCAACGUGGGAAGCUGGGACAAUGGAGAACUGAAGAUGGAUGAUGACGAAAUUUGGUCAAACAAAAAUGCAGUCAUCAGAUCUGUUUGUAGUGAACCUUGUGCAAAAGGGGAAAUCAAGGUAAUCCGUAAAGGGGAGGUGAGCUGUUGCUGGACAUGUACACCCUGCAAGGAUAAUGAAAUAGUUUUUGAUGAAUAUACGUGUAAAGCAUGUGAAUUGGGAUCCUGGCCUACUGAUGACCUUACAGGCUGUGAUCCAAUCCCAGUGGAAUAUCUGAGAUGGAGUGAUCCUGAACCCAUCGCAGCUGUGGUAUUCUCGUGUCUGGGUCUCAUGGCUACAAUGUUUGUGAUGGCUAUAUUUGUUUUAUACCGUGAUACUCCGGUCGUCAAGUCAUCUAGUAGGGAGCUUUGUUAUAUCAUCCUGGCUGGAAUCUUCUUAGGUUACCUAUGUACCUUCUGUCUUAUUGCAAAACCCCAACGGAUAUACUGUUACCUUCAAAGAAUUGGCAUCGGCCUGUCCCCAGCCAUGAGUUACUCUGCCCUCGUAACCAAAACCAACCGCAUCGCAAGGAUCCUGGCCGGGAGUAAGAAGAAAAUAUGCACCAAGAAACCACGGUUCAUGAGCGCAUGCGCACAACUGGUCAUCGCUUUCAUCUUAAUUUGCAUCCAGUUGGGAAUAAUUGUCGCCCUUUUCAUUAUGGAGCCACCCGAUACUAUGUUUGAUUACCCGAGUAUUCGAGAGGUCUACCUGAUAUGCAAUACCAACAAUUUGGGUGUUGUCACCCCACUUGGAUAUAAUGGAUUGCUGAUCCUGAGCUGCACCUUUUAUGCGUUUAAGACUAGAAAUGUACCGGCUAACUUCAAUGAAGCAAAGUAUAUCGCCUUCACAAUGUAUACCACCUGCAUCAUUUGGCUAGCCUUUGUGCCAAUAUAUUUUGGAAGCAAUUACAAAAUAAUUACCAUGUGCUUCUCUGUGAGCUUAAGCGCCACAGUAGCACUUGGGUGUAUGUUUGUGCCAAAGGUGUAUAUAAUUCUCGCCAAGCCGGAGCGAAACGUCCGAAGUGCAUUCACCACGUCCACCGUGGUCCGCAUGCACGUGGGCGAUGGAAAAUCUUCUUCGGCCGCCAGUCGCUCGAGUAGCCUCAUCAACCUGUGGAAAAGAAGGGGAUCGUCUGGGGAAACCUUAAGCAUUUCAUUUACUCCUGGGCCUACCCACAGCUAUUGUCAGCAGCCAAUCGGAAUCUCUAAUGGAAAAUCUGUCACAUGGGCACAAAACGAGAAGAGCAGCAGAGGUCAACAUCUUUGGCAACGGCUUUCUGUCCAUGUCAAGAAAAAGGAUAAUGUGAAUCAAACUGCCGUCAUCAAGCCCUUUUCAAAAGGAAGCACGGAAAACAGAUAUAUCAGCACUUCGUUCCCCGACAGCAGUUCCAAAAUGCUCUACGAUGUCUCAGAAUCGGAAGAACAUUAUCCGGUGCAGUACAGGCCGCAAACCCCUUCGCCAAUCAGCACCGUAAGCCAGAGAGCGGCCUCGGCAAGCCGAACGGAUGACGAUAUACCGUCUUUUCACUCGGACGCCGCCCAGCGCAGCGGCUCCUCGCAAGGCUCCUUGAUGGAUCAAAUCAGUAACGUUGUGACCAGGUUCACGGCCAACAUCAGCGAGUUAAAUUCCAUGAUGCUCACGGCGAACACGCAAGGAACUAUGGUGCCCACGCCUCUCUGUUCUUCCUAUUUGAUCCCACGAGAGAUUCAGCUUCCAACAACCAUGACCACCUUUGCGGAGAUUCAACCGGCCCCUGCCAUCGACUUUAACGGUGGGUCACUGUCUACCAGAAAGCCCUCUUCUGACAGCGUCAAAGAUAGUGCUUCAGAGGCAACCAUAGUGAAGCAAGAUAUUGAGGAGUUGGUAGCUUUAACUCCUCCAUCUCCUUUUAGAGACUCCGUUGACUCAGAAGGCAGUUCCCCUAGCUCCCCCGUGUCAGCAUCAGCUCUAUGUAUCCCGUCAUCUCCCAAAUAUGACAGCGUGAUUCUGAGAGACUACUCUCAGAGUUCCUCCUCAUUGUGAAUGUAAUCCAAGAUAACGUUUGAUAUCAACAACUAUGAUUACAGGUUGUGUGGGGGGGGGCACAUAUCUAAAUAAAAGAGCCCCCCUAAUGUUAGCAACCAAUGUCAAAUACUUCUAGGCAGCGCCAGAUUAGAAAUCCCAUUGUUAACGUUUAGAGCAGAUGUUAUUUUAGUGGCCUUAAGAGAUACGGUCUUUAAGAAACACUGCUUAUGCGCGAAGGGUUGAUAUGGAGCCUAGGCGUAUUAUUUAGGGCAUAAAAGGAUGAUUCAAGUGCUUUGAUUUUAGAUUAAAGAGCUCUGUUUUUACACAUGUGUGAGCAGAACGGAUUGUAAUCACCUGUAAAUUCUAUUGUUUGUUUACUUUGGUUUUUUUCCCAGAAGUGAACCUUGAUCUUUUAUCAAGAUUAGAAGACCAAACAUGAAUGUACACACUUUCUAAAAGACUCAGAUAUUCUGGGACCAAAUGGCAGGCAUUUUUCUAUGAAGAGACUAACAAAAAACAAAAAAAAAAGGCAGUAAUACUACAAAUAACUAUCAAACGAUCCGAAUGCGUAUCGCUUGCCUGAUACACGGCGCGACUAGCUGAGGCUCUGCAGUAAGUGACUGUACUUUCUAGGGCUUAUAUCGCAACAUUGUCUAUGAAGAUGUCUUUUUUUUUUGUAAUUAUCGAUCAUUCAUUUACUUGGAAUCGGUUAUUCAUGGUUGAAAAAAAAAACAACAAAAAAAAAACGGGACUUGGAUUUGUUAACAAGAGAAUUUGCUGUCUAUUUCACCGUGUUGCCGACAAUACCGAAGUAGCAAAAAAAAAUAUUUUUCGGAGUACUGUUUUGUAUUUUUCCCUUAAAAAGGGGCAAAUUGUUUUGGUGAAUAUAAUAUUUUUAGCAACAUUGUUUAAUUGAGGUGUAACUGCAUCCCUGUGGUUCAAUUGCUUUUUUUUUUUUUUUUAUUGUUUUUUGCAUUGGUUAUUUUUUAAGAAAAUAAAUAUUUGUGUCCGAUUGUUUUUUUUUUUUUUUGCAUGUAAAAAAAAAAUGCAUAAAAAAUAAUAAAAACUGAUUUAUUGUUGUCAAAAAUCUUAAUUUCGUGACGUUAGCCAAUGAUUUCAGUCUGUUUGGCUACAUGUACAUGAUAACCUUAAACUGUGAUUGAAUUAGAUUUUUCGAAGCAAUACAGAAUUUGACUUUUUUUUUUCCCCUUAGUACAUGAAAAUUUCAAAUCAUACAAACUAUUAGUUACGGGCAUUUCAUAAAUACACAUUUCAACAAAUCUGCGCAGCUUGCGAGGCUAUUUUGGAGAGAUACAAGUGCUGCAUUUCAUUGUGUACAUAAAAUUAUAUAUUCUCCUAGUUACCAUCACCAUAUAAUAAGUGAGUACUGUUCUGAGGUGCCAAAAAUACUUCUAAAAAGGUUAGUGCAGAAGAUUUAUGUGUAGCCUUAAAAAAAUGCUGGCCUUACAAGAAGGAUCGGUUGAUAAUAUGAAACCGUAUGUAUUGUGUUAUUGGAAAUAUUGAUUAUAUAUAUUUAGGUUUGUGAAACAUUUAUUUUGGAAAUAUAUGUUACUGAUAAUUAUAUACAUGGGGUAUAUACUGAUUGCAUAUGUUGUUGCCCCCCCCCAAAAAAAAAAAUCAGCUUGGAUUUUCAUUCAUUUACAAAUUCCUUGACCUAUCUAUUGGCUUUGAAAGGAUACCUAGGUGGUCAUUUAUAAAGUCGUUGCAGGUGUGAACUAUCCAAAGUGGGGAAUCUCAUGUAAAAGUUACCCCCCCCAAAAAAAAUCUAAAAAAAUUACCUGAAAAAUAUGUCAUGGUAUCACAUCACUGAUGUAGAGAAUACUAGAUUUUCACUGCCAAGUUUUAUCUACCUGCUGUUACUGGAUAAAAUAUAAUAAUUAA